GUGUUUGUUUAUUUUCUGCUGUCAAAACAAGGUAGUUUGCCUUAAGGAACCAUUAUUUAUUCCAAAUUUUCAAUGAAAUGCAAUACAAUGGCACUUGGAAUUGAACAUGAAAGAGUUGCAUAUGAGGAUUUGAAAAGAUGUGGCGAAAUUACCACACUGAUGUCGAUUGGAAAGAAAGAGUUUUUCUUGAACUGCGAGUUUUGCGACUCCUCAUUUUUAAAAUUGUACGACUUCAUACAACACAUUUCCGAAGAGCAUUUGAGCAAAUUUAUGGGACUAAAUUUGAAGCAGAAUUUAACAUCGUGCUCACUUCAAUCUGAAGAAGAAAUAGGAGACGUGGAAAUAUGCAUGCAAUCAGAAAGCUUUUCUGAGGAAAAUGAUGACACACAAUAUGAUUUGAGAGCUUUUGAAAAAAUUGAAAUCGAAUUAGACUCAAAUGGAAUUAAUAAUUCAUUAGAUUCCGAAAGUGCAGCUUUAGAAGAGAUAACGGAUACAGAAAGCCUACAAUCCUUAGUAGCAAACGACUUAGGUGAGUUCUCAGAAGAAAUAAAUGAAACUCAUGGUAAUGCAGAUUUGAUCCCUUAUGAUCUCUGUGUCGCACAACUUGAUUUGACGGAACAUUGCAAAAAUAAAGAUGAAAAGGACGAUAAAAAAAAAUUCAUCAUCGAAUUCAUUGAGGUAUACCGCUCGUUGCAAUCAUUAUGGAACACAAAUUUAAAGGCCUAUCAAAACCGAGUACUAAAAAAUGAACAGUAUGAAAUUUUGCUUAAAAAAUAUAAAGAGGAAUAUCCAGAAGCUACGAUGGAGGACGUUAAGCAAAAAAUACAGCGCCUUCGCUCAAAUUUUAGGCGGGAAUUGAGACGAAUCGCCCCAUCUGGUAUAACCACUCUCUACUAUUUCGACGCAAUGAAUUUUCUACGAAACAUUAUACCACUUUCUGAAUCACGUAAAAAUAUUCAUGGAUAUGAUGAGUCACAGGAUGCUUUGGAACCAAUUCUCAAAAAAUUUACUGUAUCGGAGAGCCUUUUAGACGAUGCACAAUUCAUUCAAUUAGCUAAAAUAUACAAGAAGUAUCCUUGCCUCUGGGAUGAAAAGGACAUUGCGUAUAGAUUCGCUAAUAGGCGUCGUGAAGCGUUGAAUAACGUACUUAAAGAGUUGAAUGAAAAAUGUAAGCUGAACCUAAUGAAAAAUGAUUUGGAAAAAGAAACUGCGCGACUACGGAAAAUAUGUUCGAACGAGAAGAAACAAAAAAUAGCAUGUAAACGUAAUAACUUAAUGUUUAAACCAAGAUGCCCUUAUUAUGACCACAUUUCAUUCCUUGAAGUCGAUGUAACCCCUUAUGAGUGUUUAAUAUGUGGUCUAGUAGUUUCUGGUCCAUGUCAGUUCAAAAUCCAUUUAUCGACUCACGAUGGUUCACUUCCAUUCAAAUGUCAUGUUUGUGGGCAUGGCUUUAGGUUGGUCACAAAUUUAACAGUUCAUUUACGGAGACAUGUACAUGACUACAUGUAUAAUUGUGAGGUAUGCAACAAGCCUUGUGCAACGACCACAGAAUUAAAAACGCAUUUACGUUUGCAUACCGGUGAGAGACCGUAUGUUUGCGAUAUUUGUGGCAAAUCAAUGCGAUCAUGGGCUGAAUUCAGUAGGCAUAUGGAACGUCACGCAAAACUACCGCGACAUAAGUGUGAAAUUUGCUCCAAGUCAUUCUAUGAAAAACGAAAAUUAAAGGAACACAUGAAUGUUCACUUAAAAGUCCGGAACGAUAUAUGUGAUGUGUGUAACAAAGGAUUUACAAGUACUAAACUCUUACGACAGCAUAAACUAAUUCAUGACAUAGAAAAAAAAUUUUUAUGUAAGCUUUGUGGAAAACGAUUCGCGCAAUGUGCGGGUCUUAAUUCACAUAUGAAAUCUCAUGGUACAAAGUUAUCUGCGGUGCCAUUGAGAAACUUUAAUUUAGAGCAAGAAUUAGUAAUUAAGCGGCUUAAAAAGAAAUUCAAUUUCAUAUUUCACUAUUCUAAGCUUAAAAUGGCUUUAGGAUUCGAUAAGCAAGUUUUGGAAUGCAGUUCUUUAAAAAAAUGUGGCGAAAUUACCACAAUUUUGUCAGUGGGAAAGAAAGAAUUUUACCUGAACUGCGAAUUUUGCGACUAUUCAUUUUUAGAUUUAGAUAAUUUUAUGCAACACAUGUACACGGACCAUUUUUCCGAAAUAAGUGAGCCUAAUUUGGAGGAAGAAGACACAAAGGAAGGUCUUCGAGAUUUAGUCAACAAUGAAAUAGAAGACCGGGAGUCUAACCUGCAUUCAGAAAGAGCAGUGGAGGGAAUCGAUGGCUCCGAAUAUGUUUUAAGAGGCUUUGAAAGAGUUGAAAUUGAAUUGGAUGCAAACGAAAUGGAUAGCUCCCCAAAUAAAAAAGAAUAUAUGAGUGAAGACAGCGAUGCAAGUGAAACUUUAGCACCCCCAGAAGAGCCCCAGGUAACAGAAGAAGUUUUUAUAAGCGAUAGCGAAUCGGACUUGGAAGAGGACGCACUAGACGUGGAAGAUGAAACAGAAAAUAAAAAAGAGAUUAGAAAAAAUAGUGCCAAACGGAAAUUUGUCAUCGAACUUAUCGAAACCUAUGGUUCAUUAACGGCACUGUGGGACCCAAAAUGUCCCGAUUAUACUGAUAGGUUGACAAGAGACCAACAGUAUGAAACUUUACUUGCCAAGUAUAGAGAAAAGUAUCCAAGUGCCACAAAAGAUGACGUGAGGCAAAAAAUAUAUAGACUACGAACUACUUUUCGAAGAGAAUCAAAACGAAUAUCGGCAUUUGAAAAAUCGACUCUGUACUAUUUUGAUGCAAUGAGUUUCUUAUUGGAUAAUGAAAAGCGAAAGGAAAUACGUAGCGCAAAGCGACACUUAAAGCAAAUACCGGAAGAUUCCAGAUUUAUUUAUAAGAAGACGCCACCGCCCGAAGCCCUUUUAAAUGAUGAGCAGUUUAUCAUUCUUGCCAAUAUAUACCAGAGAUAUCCCAGCCUUUGGGAUGAAACAGAUAUUGCCUAUCGGUUCAGUAAUAGGCGUCGGGAGGCAUUAAAAUCUGUAUGUGAAGAAUUUAACAACGAAUCUGGAUUAAAUUUAGAGCAACAGGAUUUGGAAAGAGAAAUUUUACGGUUGCGAAAAUCGUGCUCUAUUGAAAAGAAAGAAAAAAUUAUGUGUAAGCAAAAAAAAAUCGCGUAUAAGCCAACUUGCCCUUAUUACAAACACAUAACAUUCCUCGAAGUCGAUGUUAACCCGUUUGAAUGUACGGUAUGUAGAAAAGUAAUAACUGGUUCAGGACUCUACAAAAUUCAUUUAGCAUCUCAUGAUGGUUCGCUGCCAUUUAAAUGUCAUAUAUGUGGGCAUGGCUUUAAGUUAGCGACUAAUUUAACAGUGCAUUUACGAAGACAUGUACAUGAUUAUACGUACAGUUGUAAGGUGUGUAAUAAGCCCUGCGCAACGACAACCGAAUUAAAAGUCCAUAUGCGUUAUCAUACAGGAGAAAGACCAUACGUUUGUGAUAUAUGUGGUAACAAAUUUCAAACUGCGUCUAAAUUCAAUACCCAUAUGCGACGUCAUGAAAAUCGGCCGCGACAUAAAUGCGAAGUGUGCGCUAAAGGUUUCUAUACUAAAGGAUUAUAUAGAGAACACAUGAGUGUUCACCGAAUUAUCAGAGACCAGAUAUGCGAAAUAUGCAAUAAAGGAUUCAAAAGUCCAAUGCAAUUAAGGCAGCACAAACGUAUCCAUGACGUAGAAAAAAAAUACUUGUGUAAGAUUUGUGGGAAACGCUUUGCACAAUAUGCGGGUCUUAGCGGACAUAUGAAGUCACAUGGCACAAAAUUAACUGCAAAGAAAACUUCCUCUGAGGCGGACAGCUUGGCUGAAAUUUUCUUAAGCGAUAACUCAGCGAUUGAUAAAGGGCGAAAAAAACUAUGAUGCAGUAUUUAUUGUACAAAAUCAGAAGCUUUCAGUUCUUAGAAGGUCUGUUAACUGAGUAACUACAAUCGAAACUCAAAUCUGAUCUUAAGUUCUGCAUUCGAAAGCUUUAUAUUAAUAUAAUAAUAUUACAAGUUCAAAUAAAAAAAGGCUUUUUACAUUUAUUUACAAAAUUCUCACUAAACUAGUAAAUUGUUUUGGAUAUGUUAACUUCUUUUCGACUAUUUUCAGCAAAAGUUGACUACAACAUGCGUGCAUUAUGUAAAUUAUGUAACUAUUUUCAAAAUUUGGAAAGCUUCUGCUACAAAAAUAAACCUAUAUUUUGAAUAA